AGGUGAGCGCUGCGCCCUGUCCGCUAGGGAAGGGCGCGAUGCUGGCCGACAGCCUGGUGGAGGAGUUCGAGAUCCGCGAGGAUGAGCCGUGGUACGACCAGCAGGACCUGCAGCAAGAUCUUCACCUUGCUGCUGAGCUUGGGAAGACGCUACUGGACCGCAACACUGAAUUAGAAGAAUCUUUACAGCAAAUGUAUGCAACAAAUCAAGAGCAACUGCAAGAGAUAGAGUAUCUCACAAAGCAAGUGGAGCUCUUGCGUCAAAUGAAUGAUCAACAUGCAAAAGUUUAUGAACAGUUGGAUGUGACAGCAAGAGAACUAGAAGACACUAAUCAAAAGCUAGUUGCAGAGAGCAGAGCAUCACAGCAAAAGAUACUAAGCUUGACAGAGACUAUUGAAAAUCUGCAGACACACAUAGAUGACCUGCAAAGGCAAGUAGAAGAGCUGAAAAAGUCUGGACGAGGCCGGAUGAACCAUGAGAGAUCUGACCAGCCAAGAUCAAUGCACAGCUUCUCGUGUUUGAAGGAGCUGUACGACCUUCGCCAGUAUUUUGUUUAUGAUCACGUGUUUGCAGAAAAGAUUACUUCAAUGGAUAGUCAGCUAAACCCUCUGGAAGAAGAAAAUGAGAACUUGAAGAAGGCAGUUACGGUUCUGCAAGCCCAACUCAACCUAGAAAAAGAGAAGAGGGUAACAAUGGAAGAGGAAUACAGUCUUGUGGUGAAAGAGAACUGCGACCUUGAACAGAGGCUUGUCGAUAUUGACUUGUAUCGGGCUCGUGCAGAGGAGUUGGAAGUGGAAGUAGCUGAAAUGCGACAGAUGCUUCAAUCUGAAAACACACUCCACAAUGCAGAGAAAUUGGUGCCAGAAUCCUUUUUCAUUUCAUUUAAAGAAUCUUUAGAAAGGGAGCUUGGUCAGAGCCCAGCUGAUGAUGGGCUUCUGACUGUCCCUGAACUUGAGAAAAAGGCAUUGAAGCGGAGCAGUAGUGAAAAUUUCCUGAGUAGUGCUGCAGGGGGAGACAUUCUAAGGGGCCAUGAAGAAACGUGCAUCAGGAGAGCUGAAGCUGUGAAGCAGCGGGGAAUCUCUGUACUCAAUGAAGUUGAUGCUCAGUAUAAUGCUCUGAAAGUGAAAUAUGAGGAACUUUUGAAGAAGUGUCAAAUGGAUGAAGAUUCUUUGAAACACAAGGCUGUACAAACACUGAAGCAGUAUUCUAAAGACAGUGUGGGAAAUACCCAGUAUGAUCUUUCAGCUAACAAUCAAGAAUUCACGAAUGCAGGAGAAUCACUUUGCUCCACAAAUACUCUUCCUGAAUAUAAAGCACUCUUCAAGGAAAUCUUUAGCUGUAUCAAAAAAACAAAGGAAGAAAUAGAUGAGCACAGAUCUAAGUACAAGUCCCUUUCUUCUCAGCCAUAACGUUAGAUGUUCUGAUGACUGAUUUGUUGCUGGUGACUAAUUUGUUGCCCAGAAAGGGGGAAAGACUUUACACAAAUGUCAAAAGACCCCUUGCACAGAUGUUUCUUUUAGCACUAAAAAGGAAUGUUUUCAAUUGGCUCAUAGAGAGUAGUUAAAAAGCUAGUUAGACUAGCAGUCUCCCUGUAGGUACGUAGCAAUAGAUGUAAUGUUGUUUGGCACUGUCACACGAACUAGUGGUUGUAAAGGAAACAAACAUUGUAGCUUAAUACUACAAUGCUACUUCAUACACUUGAUUUCUGGCAGAAACUGACAAUGGUUUUCCUAGUCCACUUCAAAUUAACAGAGCUAAGAAAUCCGUACACUACUUCUCACAAAGAACUAGGUAAAAGCUUUUCUUUAACUUGCAUGUGAUCAUCUAGCCCAGUAACUGUAAAAAAAACAAACAAACAAAAAACCAAAAAGCCCCAGGUCAGUAUCACAGGCAGCCUCUCCUCGAGUCCUGAGAAUGAAGUUAGUGAAUCUAGCUGAAUUUGCUUUAGCAGGGAGGUGGAGAGCUAGCAUAGCAGCUUGCGCUGUGCUUGGUAAAGUUAAUGCCAUGUGUUCACAUGAACCAGGCUCUUCUAUGGAUAAGUAUAGAUGUCUUUGUACUGAGAAAGACUUUGACAAGAAGUUUGUGUGGCUGUUUAGGUAUGGUUUCUUAUUUAGGGGACUUCGUCUUAAGGUGAGGUACUGUGAAUUGAUUACAUGUUAUUUGGAGCUGUUUUUUUUUUUUUUUUUGUGGGAGGCCAACAAAGUACCUACUAGUGUGUAUUUGGCAAGACAAAGUUGCAAUUUAGUCAUUUAACUUUAGCAGUAGAAUUGAUACAGUGAGAUAGCUUUUAAGCUCACAUACCACAAACUCCAAGCACUGAAGGAGAUGGGUCAGGUAAAGCCUUAUCUUACAGGUUUGCCCAUUGCUUCCACUGUCAGCUUCAGCGAACCUGUUCCAUGCUGCCUAUGGGGUGGUGGGAGGCUGGAUGCAACACUGCUAGAACAUAUCCUACUGAAAGUGUGGGGCUGUGUUGUUGUUCAUACUUUCCUCCUCCACUCCCUAAUAGUAGCUCAUAGGUAUUCAUAUUCUGAAAAACAAAAUAUGCAGAAGUACAUUCUUUAGAAGUGCUUUGAAGUAUGAAGAAUGGAAAACAAAGGCUAAGCAAUUAAGGAGAAAGAAGGCACCAGGAAAGGUGACAUCCUUCUUACACAGGGUCUCAUAGCUUAAUUUGGUUAGCUCUUCUUGGGAACUUCCUUAUUGCCUGUCUGAGUUGCUGCAAUAUACCAAAACAGCUGGAAGAGUGACAAUUUCUCAGCUUUAGUUCAACUGCUGCUAUUAAGUUGUCUGCCUUAUUUACCUGUUAAGCUUGUGUAUAGUUGUCCUUCAUUUGCAGUAUUAAGACUCCGUAUUGUGGGAAUUUCUCAAAAAUAUGUAUUGCAUUCUUAAGAAUUAUUUAAAAAUGGGAAUCCGAAUGUUGUAAAUAUUUUUCUAAGCAAAUAAAUCAGCCAGUCAAGCUCCACGUGUAACUAGUAAUUAUGCCUAUCUGUGCUGAUCUUGAAACAGUAAACUGUGCAGAUGGCAGCUGCAUUAUCUGGUCUAUCCUACACAGCUCAGAUGGAGUUCCCAUUAAAUUUUUAUUCUAAAAAAUUUACAGUAGGUAGAAAAGGAUACGCCUGUCUGUGCUAUAAGGCCAGAGGCAACGAAGUAGCUUCUUGUUUCUCUCGUGUUUGUCAGUGUUGUUCCAAAAAGGGUGUUGGAGGGGUGGAAGGCAGGAGAGCUGCUGUUCUGCCACCAGGUUAGCUCUGGUGUCACUGCUUCCCUGGCACUUGGAUUGUCAUUAUCUAAAGGCUUUCUACUGCAAAGCAGUAACUUUAGAUAUGUGUUCUGGCUGUCACAAGCACUCUUUUACUAAUGCUAUUCACUUUGGGGAGUGGGGCAUCCACACCCAUGGGACCAGAAGUUGUGUAGAAACAACUUUAGAAUUUCUUGUUAAAUAUGUGAUCUUCAGUGGUUUAAUACUGUUGGUUAGCAGGGCACUUUCUAUCUAUUUUUUACCCUUUAAAAUAUCCAGAAUGUUCUCAGAUUUCCACAGAAAUCUUCUGUAGCAUAACCUGCCUUUGACCACCUGUGCCAUUGUUGAGCUCUGGCUGUACUGCAGUGUACUUUAACACUUAACUGUACAUACCCUGUAAUAAAAACCUCCAAGGCUCUGCUGUUCUAUAACCUCUCUCAGACUGGCUUUCUCAGGGAUAAGCUUUAUGGGCGCAGCUGUAGGCAAUGCUACAGCAACAGGGUCAUGCUAGGUAAGCAACAGUGAUGGGGACACCCAGCACAAAGGCUGCAAAAGCUGCCUGAACUUGAACACUGCCUGAUUACAGUAGUGAAUAAACUUAGUGUGUGAGUUAAGGUAGAGUUUUAGCAGUUUAGAAAUAAGUACUUUCCACAGAAGUUCAAAAUGCUCUAAGUAUGGCACACUGCUCUUAGGCCAAUCUUAAUCUGCUUAUUUUAGUUAAAAAAACAGCCCUUAAGCAUAAGUAGAUGAAAUUAAUAGUAUCUACUUGAGCUUCUCAUAUGAUGGAAAUUACAGAAAACAAAACCCACGAACAGUAACUGCUCUAAAGCCACCAGUGGGGUGUUCCUUACCUCACUGCUGUGAAGCUUAAGUGACAAACGUAGAACAGAAGCAACUCAGUUAUCAUUUCUUGAGCAACAGGCUGCAUCUUGACAACCAUCCUAAAAAAUGUGAUGCAAGUAGAAAAGUACAGCAAGGGGCAGUUUGCCAUCUACCUCAAACAUCUGCAAA